AUGCCCAAUGUGGCCCCCGUCCAUCGAUUCCCGCCGGCCUUGCCCUGCUGUUCUUGUCUGGCAGGGGGGAAGAUGGAGAAAAAUCUGGCGCGGGCUCGUGUUCAAUCGAGCGCGACCAUGGAACCAGAACCCUGCCGUCUCCAUCCUGCACUGCCGUCGUCGGUGCCGCCCAUGUCGGGCACCCUUCCCAGCGUUCCGGGUUUCCCACAAGCGAACCGCAGCCCGCCGCCCACUCCCUUGCAGCAACGCGAAGGCCGGGCCAAUAGCCUACGGGGCCUCGGCAAAGUGAAUAGUCUCGUCGUAUUGGGGGCCAUCGAGUUGGCGGCGGCAGCACAGCACAGCGGCGAGGAGCCAGAUCUGAACGCGGCCGAGCAGGCUUGCCUGGCGGGAGGGGGGCGGCGGCGGCGGCGGGGGACAGCCGGGACGAGCUUGGCAUGCUGCAGGCCGUGUUUAAAAAUAAACCCGGGCUUCUAGAAUAGGAAGCACACCGCCGGGUGCGGCAACGACGGCGGA